AUAUCGCAGGAGCGUAUUCCAUCCGGAGGCAUCAAAGGGCGUCUUAAUAAACGCCGACCUCGUAAUUUCCGAUCUCUUUUUCCAUUUUCUUUCCUAGAUUUUUUUCUUCAAGCCAGAAUGAGAGAGUGCAUCUCGAUCCACAUCGGGCAAGCCGGUAUUCAGGUUGGAAAUGCCUGCUGGGAACUUUACUGCCUCGAGCAUGGAAUCCAGCCUGAUGGCCAGAUGCCUAGUGAUAAGACCGUUGGCGGAGGUGAUGAUGCAUUCAACACAUUCUUCAGUGAAACUGGGGCUGGAAAGCAUGUUCCCCGUGCUGUUUUCGUAGAUCUGGAGCCCACGGUCAUUGAUGAAGUUAGGACUGGAACAUACCGCCAGCUCUUCCACCCCGAGCAGCUCAUCAGCGGCAAGGAGGAUGCCGCCAACAACUUUGCUCGUGGCCAUUACACCAUUGGAAAGGAGAUUGUUGAUCUCUGCUUGGACCGCAUUCGGAAGCUUGCAGAUAACUGCACUGGUCUCCAAGGAUUCCUUGUAUUCAAUGCUGUUGGUGGAGGCACUGGCUCUGGUCUCGGGUCCCUUCUGCUUGAGCGUCUGUCUGUGGACUAUGGCAAGAAGUCCAAGCUUGGGUUCACCGUCUAUCCAUCUCCACAGGUUUCAACCUCUGUUGUUGAGCCCUACAACAGUGUCCUUUCAACUCACUCCCUCCUGGAACACACAGAUGUUGCAGUAUUGCUUGAUAAUGAAGCCAUUUAUGAUAUCUGUAGGCGCUCUCUUGACAUUGAACGCCCUACCUACACGAACCUAAACCGUUUGGUUUCUCAGGUGAUUUCAUCACUCACCGCCUCCCUGAGGUUUGAUGGUGCCUUGAAUGUUGAUGUGACUGAAUUCCAGACCAAUCUGGUGCCAUACCCGAGGAUUCACUUCAUGCUUUCAUCUUAUGCGCCAGUCAUCUCAGCUGAGAAAGCCUACCACGAGCAGCUCUCAGUUGCAGAGAUCACGAACAGUGCAUUUGAGCCCUCAUCUAUGAUGGCCAAGUGUGAUCCUCGCCAUGGCAAGUACAUGGCAUGCUGUUUGAUGUAUCGAGGAGAUGUGGUGCCCAAGGAUGUGAAUGCUGCAGUGGCCACAAUCAAAACCAAGCGGACCAUCCAAUUUGUUGACUGGUGCCCAACUGGAUUCAAGUGCGGAAUCAACUACCAGCCACCUACUGUUGUUCCCGGCGGUGAUCUUGCCAAGGUGCAGAGAGCUGUUUGCAUGAUCUCCAACUCCACCAGUGUUGCAGAGGUGUUCUCUCGCAUUGACCACAAGUUUGAUCUGAUGUAUGCGAAGAGAGCUUUUGUGCACUGGUAUGUGGGUGAGGGAAUGGAGGAAGGAGAAUUCUCGGAGGCUCGUGAGGAUCUUGCUGCCCUGGAGAAGGAUUACGAGGAGGUUGGUGCUGAGGGUCCAGAUGGUGAAGAUGAAGACCCAGAUGAGUACUAGAGGAAAAAGUGUUUUUUCCCGUAACAAUUUCAGUUAUCUCAGCUGAUUUUGCAUUAUGAUGGUGUUUUUGUUUAAUGGCUGGGGAAUGUAUUUGUUGGUUGUCUUGUUUCUGUACUCUGAACUUUCUCUUUGAUAUGGAUGUGGCUUCGUUUAUCUG